CCAGACUGGCUUAAGAGCCCAGUGACUUCCUUGGCUCUAAAAAUCUGUUAAUCGCGAAGCAUCGCCAAGAAGCUCUCUCCAGAUUUUUUUUUUUUAAAAAAAAAAAAACACAAAAGAGCUCUCAAAUUCAAUCAUCUUCUCCGAUCUCGUCAAAAUCCAAUAACAAAAUGGCUUCGACAUUCAGUGGCGAUGAAACCGCUCCGUUCUUCGGAUUCCUCGGCGCCGCUGCCGCCCUUGUUUUCUCCUGCAUGGGAGCUGCGUACGGUACCGCGAAGAGUGGAGUUGGCGUUGCAUCGAUGGGUGUGAUGCGACCAGAACUCGUGAUGAAAUCCAUAGUUCCGGUUGUUAUGGCUGGAGUUUUGGGUAUAUACGGUCUGAUCAUUGCUGUGAUUAUCAGUACCGGUAUUAACCCUAAAGCAAAAUCCUAUUAUCUUUUUGAUGGAUAUGCUCAUCUCUCUUCUGGCCUUGCUUGUGGCCUCGCUGGUCUCUCUGCUGGUAUGGCUAUUGGCAUCGUUGGUGAUGCUGGUGUUAGAGCUAAUGCCCAGCAGCCAAAGCUUUUUGUUGGGAUGAUCCUCAUUCUCAUCUUUGCUGAAGCACUUGCCCUCUACGGUCUCAUUGUUGGUAUCAUUCUUUCCUCCCGAGCUGGUCAAUCGAGAGCUGAGUAAAGAGUCCCUCUACUUGGUGUUUGGAUGGCCGUUGUGAUUUAUCUAUGUAUGUUACUGGAGCUUAAUUGUUUUGUGCUGAAAAAUUCUUGUAAGAGUUGUGUUUUUUUACCAAAUGAUCUCAUUAAGUGCCAUUGCUUAUAUGAUAAAAUGCAGAAUUAGUUAUGAGCUAGCAAGGAUAGCCAGAUUAUUUUUGCCAAGAUUCCUUGAUUCUGCACCUUCCCGCUCUGUGGGGAACGAACCAGAUUGACCUUGCCAUCCAUCAAUGGGUGUCUCAAUGGCUGAUGUGUACACUGAAUGGAAUGAUGAACGAUGCACUUGAAACAUGGUUUCUGCUAAAAUUGGGAUUAGUAGUCUGUGGUCUACGGUUGCUGUGGCUAUAAGAAGGGAGCUGUAUGUCAACGAUGACGUCGGGGGGAGUGGGCGGCGGCCGCGGGGGCCAUGCUCGUUCUUAAAGCCACUCAUUUUGUAAUUUCUUAAACAAGUUAUAUGAAUUGGUCCCUCCUAAAAGUUGAAAUUAGAUUUUAGCCCCUGCAUGGCAACAAGUCUGAA